AUGUCGGGCUCGACAUCACCGGCGCGACUUACGCGAAGGCUUUCCAGCACGAAAAUAGCCAAGCAAUUAGCUGGACUCAGCCUGCGAUCCGAUGAUAUCAUGGAUCAGGGAGAGACAGCCCGACACGAAGGUCGUUUCGUAUUUGAAUGUAGUUGGGAAGUCGCCAACAAAGCGCCCAUCUCCACAGAAGAGCUUGGGGAUCAGUAUUGCAUGCUUGGUCCAUACAAUGAAGAUCGUGUAAAACUUGAGGUAGAAGUACUUGAACCGGACAAUGCUGCUAUGAAAUAUGCUCUCGAUCACGCUAGGGAUAGCGGAUUUAAGAUGUGGUCAGUGACAAAAGUGGGUGUACCAUGGCACGAUCGCGAAUCUAAUGACUGUAUCAUUCUUGGAUUUAUGGUUGCUAUAUUCCUACAGAAGGUAUUAAUGAAACUAUGGAAACUCAACAUCUCAUUGGUAUUUACAACACAUGCUACACUAAUAGGACGUCAUCUUUGCGCUGGAGGUGUCGAUCUCUACAAUAAUAUCGAUAGUAUUGAUGUUGACCGUGAAGCAGGCGAACGACAAAUUUAUCAUCGCUACUGUAUCGAACGAGCUGCGGUACAUCUGGCACAUGUUUUUACUACUGUGAGGUCUGUGGAUUUGCGUUAUAGACCGCAUCAUCUUCCAAUCACAAAUAAUCUACAUGCCAUAGCAAAGGAGAAAAUCCAUGAUUUCAUUCGAGGUCACUUUUACGGCAAUUUAAACUUUGAUUUGGACAAGACGCUUUACAUCUUCACUGCUGGACGUUACGAAUUCACAAACAAAGGCGGGGAUUUCUUUAUAGAAGCACUGGCGCGACUUAACUAUAAAUUACAGGUAUGCUUUUGAUU